UUGUCCGUGUCAGCUACUAAGGAAGAACUCGAGAUAAUCCACUCCGCCACCCUGCUCUUAAGCUGACAAAUUGGCCACGAUAAUUAACGGUAAGUCGGUUAACAACGAAAUGCGCUAGACCGUUUCAGGAACCUGGCAAAACGCACGAGCCCACGACGCGCUCCAGCAUCCAACGCGUCACAACAUGGGAGGCGCAUUGGGAUUCAAUCGCAUUUGUAGCUCAUCCGCACCUACACAGGAAGCUUUUUGAUGUGGGGCAUGACUUGUUGGGGGAUGUAGGCGAGGCCGACUUCUUCUGGCAAAUGGUUUCAACCAUCACAGUGAUACUUGAUCCAAUUCGCGACCAGAGUGUGCCAAUUUGAUCCAUCCCCAGGAUCCACGAUGCUGCAACAAUGGCGCCAAUCUCCAUCCCCACGACGUCUCGGCUGCCGUCGUCCUUGCGAAUCGACGCGGCAAAUCCCAUUGUCCAAAAGAUCCUGAAUCGCUUGUCACGUUCAUCUCUCCUCUCGAUAUCACUCGACUGGCUUGACGAGAACAACCAGUCCCUUUCAGCCCCCUACCUGCUCGACGAUAGCGACGAUGAUGACGACGAGCAGGACGAUUUCCACCCUCCAGCUCACUCCCUGGAAGAGCUUCAGGAGCUCUAUGCCGCCAUGCAGACACGCAAGGGAUCAAAGAGGGAGGUUGUUGACAGAAUACUCGAUGGCGACUGGCGCCAAGGGGUCAGUCUUUACCAAUUGGCAAUGGCCGAUUUCCAGUAUCUGUACGACCAUCCAACAUCGCAAAAGUGGUCCGCCUACCGCAUAGUGCCCUUGCGUACACCAUCAAAGGAUGCCGAGGCGGAAGAGCCUCCCAAGGUCGACAAGGAGUCGCUCACAGUGCCGCGCUUCCAUCCAUCCUCAUUCCUGCAAAACCUCCAGGCACAGGUCCUCCCCGAUGUCAAGGCACAUUACAGCUUUGAAAGGCAUAGGAAUCUGCCCGUCCUGUUGCUGCGUAUUUUCAUCCUCGACUCCCCUUAUAACACAAAUCUCGCGGCUACCAGCAAUGGGGGCGACAGGCUAUCCUCCACUUCCGAAGCCUCGCGCACCGUCUACAUCGCUUUUCCAGACGCAUCACCACACAUCUUCAUCUCCAAAUCACAGACAGUAGGGCCGGCCACGGCCGGCGAGUCGAGAAGCCUCCGGACUCUCAUCAUCCAAGGGAUUCCCAAGGCCCUGUCCCGGCCGCGAGAAAGAUAUACCCUGAAGUCGACGAGCCUGUCGACCAGGAACCUGGAGGAACUCCUCCACCGGAGAGGCUCAGGGCGGACCAGUGCCGCGGGCGGCGGCUGGAGCAUCUAUGCGGACGACAGGAAGAAGGAGUCGCCCCUGGACACGGUCCUGCCAACACCGCCACUAUCCGAUGGGGAUAACCCGCCAUCGCCGAAGCCGGCCGAGGGAUCCCGAAAGAGGGCAGCCAGCCCGGCAACACAGCGCGACGAGCGCGCUGCAAAGCGUGCCAGGCGUGUAGCGCAAGCACGAUUUGGCGACUCGGCCAAGAUCGACGACGGUAGGGGGGUUGAGAGAGUCGACAUUAUCAUUGAGGACGCUUUCCCCUUAGAACGAGAUCAACGAAAGCCCAUAUCUCGAAGUAAUGAAGAUGGCGACAAAGUUGCUGGGCCGAGGAAUAGAGUGAGAAGGUCGAUUGGUGGUCGGCGCAGCCAGGUUGAAGAGCUGCUGGAGCGAGAGAGGGAGGCCGACGACCGGGAUGAGCCCCUGAACCAGGACCAGGAAGAGCCGGAAGGCAGUUGGCGGCCCAACAUCCGGCUGACAUUCCACGGGGCCCACGUGUUUGCCGGCAUCAGGCAGCUUGUAGAAAACGGGAUAAUAGAUGGGACGCGCAUGCCUGGCUGGAUGACGGGCGAGGAGGGCGUAACAAUCGGGGCCGUUAGGCAUGGCAGGAUACGGGGGCACAAAGGUUCGGGAAUUUGAGACAGGCCUGUCCGUUUGGUUUCUGCGAUGAGUCGAGACGAGAAAACGUUGUAUGCGAUAUGAGGUCACACACUAUUUGUAGAACAUUCAAUGAGGUAAAAUGUUCUCUAAUCACCUCUAUCUAGUCGGCUGGCCGAGAGUCUAGACUGUUUAAGAAACUAAAUGCAUCCUGUAGUUCACUUCACGGA